AUGACCAGGAAGGUGUUCACCAACACCAGGGAGCGCUGGCGCCAGCACAACGUCAACACUGCCUUCGCCGAGCUCCGCAAGCUCAUCCCCACCCACCCUCCGGAGAAGAAGCUGAGCAAGAACGAGAUCCUGCGUCUGGCCAUGCGCUACAUCAACUUCCUGGUGCAGCUGCUGGAGAGCCAGAGCGGCCAGCCCGCCUCGCACUCCCCCACGGCGCUGCUCACCUUCCUCAGGGGCAACGUGGAGCGCCUGCACUCCUCUCCCCACCCCUGGGGCCUGACUAGUGACACCGAGGCCCCGUCCCCUGGAUCCAGCUGUGACAGCUCUGAGGCCUGGUAG